UAGACUGGUGGGCGGAGUAGCCGCUCCUGCCGCACCUCCUCGGCUCGGAGGACACGUAGACACAGGAGCCUCAAUGUAGCGCCCCGGGACUCUAAGAGGCUCACUAGACAGCUGCGCCUCUUGGUGUCUCCUGCUCCCGGACACCGCUGUCCCAACUCUGGGCAGGAAGGCUGUCAAACUUUUGUCCGUGUAGGAAGCCCGGCGGGAACACGGCCAGCCCUUCGCGUCCCCUGCGCCCCCUCGGCACCCCGGCUGGGUUAGCUGCGGACGGCGCACCUUCCAACUGCUCCCCUCGCCAGAAACUUAUCGGGAAUGGAGUGUGGCGGCAGAGACAGCGGCGGGAGCGGCCGACCCCACCUGGCCCCGGGGCUGUUGGCCGCGGCCCCUCCGUCCUCAUCCCCGGCGCUGCCGGUGCCUUCGGGGAUGUCCAUUCCCCCGGCUUUCCUGCGGCCGCCCAGCCUCUUUCUCAGAGCAGCAGCCGUCGCAGCCGCAGCGGCCGCGAGCUCCGGCAGCGGAGGCUGCCCGCCGGCCCCCGGGCUGGAGAGGGGCGUGGGGUCGGUGGGCUGCGGCUACCCGCGGACGCCCAAGUGCGCCCGCUGUCGCAACCACGGCGUGGUGUCGGCGCUCAAGGGCCACAAGCGCUUCUGCCGCUGGCGGGACUGCGCGUGUGCCAAGUGCACGCUGAUCGCCGAGCGCCAGCGUGUCAUGGCCGCGCAGGUGGCGCUGCGCAGGCAGCAGGCUCAGGAGGAGAGCGAAGCGCGGGGCCUGCAGAGGCUCCUGUGUCCUGGGCUCCCCGGGCCCGGGGGUCCGGGAUCCGGCGGCUGCAGCGGAACUGAAAAUCCCCAGGCCGCGGGCGGCUCUGCUGCAGCUGUGGCAGCGCUGGGGCCAUGUGGCCUGCGGCAAGCUUGUGGUCUGGAGACCCCCGCUUUCGAGAUUUUCCAGCAAGAUUAUCCUGAGGCAAGACAAGGACAAAAAGAGAGGAAAUGUGAGUCAUGCCAGAGUGGACAAGAAGAACCAAUCUCCAAAUCCCAUCAUCUCUCCCUGGGAUCAUUGUCUAGGUCUAAUGGUGUCACUGGGAAACAAAGCAUCAAGUCAUCUGUUUCAGAAUGCUCAAACAAGCAGGAUAGCAUCUUAUCUUCUUACCCUGGGGAGCAAUCAGGAGGUGAAGAGAGUCCCAGGUCCUUAUCAUCCUCUGAUCUGGAAUCAGGAAAUGAAAGUGAGUGUGCCAAAGACUUUACUGCUACCAGAGCCAGCCUUCUCACAGUGUCCUCAAGACCAAGAGAUCCUCUCGAUAUCCUUACUAAGAUUUUUCCAAGUUAUAGACGCAGCCGGCUAGAAGGCAUUCUGCAGAUAUGCAAAGGGGAUGUGGUCCGAGCCAUUGAACAAGUUUUAAAUGGGAAGGAACACAAGCCAGACAUCAGGGACCUAGCAAACUCAGGAGAACUGGAAAAUACAGCUUUUCAGAGAGCUUCAAGUUUUAGUCUAGCUGGAAUUAGUUUUGGGACUCUAGGUAACAAAUCAGCUUUCUCUCCUCUUCAGAUCACUUCUGCUGCUUAUGGAGGUGAUUCAAGUCUCUACAGCUUAAAUCCUAGACUAGGUAUCAGUCCAUUACGGCUGGCAUAUUCUCCAGGAAGAGGGCUAUCAGGUUUUAUGUCACCCUACCUAACACCUGGGUUGGUACCUGCCUUGCCUUUUCGGCCAGCUUUGGAUUAUGCUUUUUCAGGGAUGCUUAGGGAUUCUUCCUACCUUCCCAGUAAAGAGGCAGUAACUGGUGGUAGAUUGUAUUCUAGACUGAAUCAGGACCAUCUGUAACGUAUCCAGUUACUUUCCUUUUCUGGAGUAUUUCUAGAAGCAUGCAAUACACACACAUCUAUUAAAGUACUUAAAUAUAUAUGUAAGUGGAUUACCAGGCCUUAAAAAGUGCUAUUUUUUUUUAAAAAGCAAUGUAAUAGACUUUUCUUUAGUGAUUAUUAAGUGAAAGAAGCUUUUGAACAUUAUAUGUGCCUUGAAUAAAGAUACACCAGGAAAUAUUUUUACUUGAAUGCUUUUUCUCUCUAAAUUAUCAUUUUUUAAAAUUCUUAUUUUAGAACUAUACUUGUUUUUAUUUUACUGAAAACUGGAGUUUAUUGUUAUAAAAUAUAUUUCUGAGUGUAAGGCAAUCAAGCAUAAUAUAAAAUGAACCAAAAGGAACAAUUGAAUAAUUGAGGUAUUUGUAAGUAAUUACUACAUAGUCUUUUAAAACCUUU